AUGACACAGCACCCAGUCAUGACACAGCACCCAGUCAUGACACAGCACCCAGUCAUGACACAGCACCCAGUCAUGACACAGCACCCAGUCAUGACACAGCACCCAGUCAUGACACAGCACCCAGUCAUGACACAGCACCCAGUCAUGACACAGCACCCAGUCAUGACACAGCACCCAGUCAUGACACAGCACCCAGUCAUGACACAGCACCCAGUCAUGACACAGCACCCAGUCAUGACACAGCACCCAGUCAUGACACAGCACCCAGUCAUGACACAGCACCCAGUCAUGACACAGCACCCAGUCAUGACACAGCACCCAGUCAUGACACAGCACCCAGUCAUGACACAGCACCCAGUCAUGACACAGCACCCAGUCAUGACACAGCACCCAGUCAUGACACAGCACCCAGUCAUGACACAGCACCCAGUCAUGACACAGCACCCAGUCAUGACACAGCACCCAGUCAUGACACAGCACCCAGUCAUGACACAGCACCCAGUCAUGACACAGCACCCAGUCAUGACACAGCACCCAGUCAUGACACAGCACCCAGUCAUGACACAGCACCCAGUCAUGACACAGCACCCAGUCAUGACACAGCACCCAGUCAUGACACAGCACCCAGUCAUGACACAGCACCCAGUCAUGACACAGCACCCAGUCAUGACACAGCACCCAGUCAUGACACAGCACCCAGUCAUGACACAGCACCCAGUCAUGACACAGCACCCAGUCAUGACACAGCACCCAGUCAUGACACAGCACCCAGUCAUGACACAGCACCCAGUCAUGACACAGCACCCAGUCAUGACACAGCACCCAGUCAUGACACAGCACCCAGUCAUGACACAGCACCCAGUCAUGACACAGCACCCAGUCAUGACACAGCACCCAGUCAUGACACAGCACCCAGUCAUGACACAGCACCCAGUCAUGACACAGCACCCAGUCAUGACACAGCACCCAGUCAUGACACAGCACCCAGUCAUGACACAGCACCCAGUCAUCACGAGGCUGCUCUGUGACGGAAAAAGGAAGUGUGGGCUCUCAGCAGACGAGUGUGGGCCUUCUCUUGGAGCACCCCUCAGGGUCGCUGCUCAAAAAGAGUCAAUGCGGCUCGCUUUUGCAGUGCAGGUGCCGACACACGGAAAGCGGAAGGAGCACUCGCGGGCACCCCAUGUGUAA